AUGGACGGCCCAGAAGUGGAAAUUCUUCUGCAUCGGCGGAAGUUGAUGCACAUCCCUAAAAACCAAAGGACUCUCCUGGAUGAAAGUGAAGCUUGGAGCCGGCCGACAAACAACAGUGUCGCUCACGUCCCCAGUGCCAUAUUGGACGGCGUUGCUGAGGCUUGGAAAAGGUCAAAGGAGUUGACGAUUCAAGAUGAUAAGCUUUCGAAUUCGGCCUUUCAAAGCCAGCUGAACCCAGUGAAAGCCGCUUGUUACUCACCAUCCUGGGGCUCUGAGGAGCAGUCCGAUGACGAAGAAUCAGAGUCGAGCAAACCGGGGACCCAAGACAGGUCACGUAGUCCUUCCAAACCACAUCUUGUUGAGGUAGCUGGGCACGACAUGGAGGACGAAAACGAAGAUGAUGAAGAACACAGCGGGGAAGAACACAGCGGAGAGGAUGAAAAGGCAGCACAAGACCAAGAAGCGGAGGCAGCAGAGGAAGACGAAGGAGAAAAUGAAGAAGGGGUAGAGCACACUCAAGAUGAUGACAACGAGGACCAGCAGAUAUCGACGCUCAGCCAACCUACAGAUUCUCAGGCAAAGAAGCGGAGCUAUGAAGAUUCUGAGGUGGUACCAGACUCGGCACAAAUAUUGAAAUCAUUCAGAGAAGCGACACCACCCUGUGCUCAGGCAGAUGAAGACAUGAUACCGCGCACUCUUGCUAGACCAACAACACCAGCAAAAGCUGAGGCAAUAGGAGAUGUGCGACGGAAGCGGAUGAAACCGAUCACUUUUACUGACAUUGAUCAUGAAAUAUUGCACGCAGCCGAUACAUCUCUCACAACCAGAAUGGCACCCACAAAGCCAUAUAUUGAAACCCCGAGCUCGAAUCUGGUUUCGAGCUCCAUGAUACCAGCUACUUAUGACGAGAAACAUGCGUCAGCCGAAACAGAUUACACAAAGGAUGAUCAUCUAGAACUUCAAAGCAGCGCAGCCAAAACAGCCUAUGAUAUCGACGCAACAAUGGAACGGAUAGAAGCUGAAUCCCAAGCAGAUGAAGAUUAUUACGAGUCACCCCUGCGCUCUCGUGGUCUAGAGCCCUCUACCUAUAUUCCCGAUAGGACUAUUACAGAACAAGACAGCGACGUUUAUACGGCAUUCUGCCAAGUAUAUCCAGACUACAUCACGGCACACAGAGGAAGUCUGAUUGCAUUUGUCAAUGCAUGCGUGUACCUUCAAUAUCUCAUGUCAGAGCGACUCCUUCGCGAGUGUCUGUUUGAUGACUUCAUCAGAGCUUUUUCUGGGGGCUACCAAGGCUAUGUUGCUCAGGCAGGUGCUGGUCAGGAACCUUUACCUGCGUUGGAGUGGUUCAACAACCUUGCAGGCCGGCCUACAUACAACUUUUGCGCAAUGGCCCGCGAAAAUCUGCACCUUGUCGUCCAACAUUAUCCAGAACAAUCGAAGGCAGCAAAACAACUAUAUAGCAAAUCGCCCUUGCCAGAGCCAACUGUCCUACAGUCGGAACCAGUAGCAGAGGUCGAACCUGAGCCGAGACGAGAUACUACUCCACGUGCUUCAUCCGGCUUACGAGCUGAACAAAGUGAAAGACUGACUUUUAGCAGUAGCGCGGCUAUCCAACAGAGAUCGUCUGUUCAGAGCACACCACAAAAGUCCACUCCGCUCCGCCCAAAGACUAUCCAUACCAGUAGUUCAAGAUCGCCAAUCACAGCGACUGCGUCUCCCAAGCUUGGAAGCCUCGCAAGUCACAAACGCGCAGCACCAGCGCCCGCCGCAAACCCGUCUCCGCCAUCGUCGCGCUAUAUGGAUCGACUGAUAACUUCCUCAAUGCCUACGAAGAGCGCCGCGCCGCCCAAGAGAUCAGCAGCUGAGCAGGCGAGAUUGAGAGAGCACUUCCGAAAUCGCAAGCUAAGCGGCAAGCAAGCGCCAAAGAAGAGCUAG